CCCGAAGAUGUCCUGCACGGCAGAGACACCCGGGAGGGUCCCGGGGGAGAAGAAUGGGAGGGCUGCGUGUGCCGGUCCCGCUCUCCCGCCCUGAUCUUCCAGCGAACAGCAGCUUAGCUGUCCCCGCGGAUGCGGACUGCAGUUCUCUACGUGCAUUGUGUUUUGCUGAUACUCUGGGCAUCAUGACUUGCCUUUCUCCAACUCCUUCCCAUCCAACUUGGAAAGAAAAGCACAGAGGAGGCUGAUACUCCAUCUUGCCAGUGGCAUCUCUUGCAGCCUGAAAGUUCAGCAGAGGUCCUUCUACAUUUUGUUUUCACUUUUUGCCUACAAGUGCCCGAAGAUUUGAAGAGAUAAUAUUAAGAAGCAGAAAUCCUUAAUUACAUUUGAAUGGUUUUGUGAAGUCUCCAAACUCCACAAACUCCACAGUGGAGACUGGCAUUGAUAUGAGUUUUAUUGUACAGUGCAAGUGAGAACGAACAGGGUGGGAGUGAAAAGGGGAGGAGGAAACUUCAUUUCUUCAUUCAGAAGAAUGUCCUGCCCAGAAACUGGAUGAAACCCUGAGAAAGGAGGAACUGCUGCACUCUUUCUGUGACAUUCAGGAGAAGGUCGUGUUCCAUUUCAGUUGACCAGGAGCAAAGGGAAAAGAUUAGAUCAUGUCGGAGUUCUGGCUAAUUUCUGCUCCGGGAGACAAAACGAACCUGCAGGCCUGGGAGAGAAUGAACACAGUGACAUCUAAAUCCAACCUGUCCAGCAACAGCAAAUUCCAUAUUCCAGACUUAAAGGUUGGGACACUGGAUGCUCUUGUUGGACUCUCAGAUGAGUUGGGAAAACUUGAUAGCCUUGCUGAAAGCGUAAUAAAGAAAAUAGCCCAGUACAUAGGAGAAGUCAUGGAGGACUCAAAAGAUAAAGUCCAGGAAAAUCUUCUGGCCAGUGGAGUUGACCUAAUUAGCUAUCUGACCCGGUUUGAAUGGGAUAUGGCCAAAUAUCCCAUAAAGCAGCCACUGAAGAAUAUAUCAGAAGCAUUAGCAAAGCAAAUCACUCAGAUAGAAUCAGACCUGAAGACCCGAGCAGCUGCAUAUAACAACAUUAAAGGAAAUUUGCAAAGCCUGGAAAAGAAAACUGUGGGAAAUCUGCUGACCCGGACCCUAGCAGACAUUGUGCAUAAAGACGACUUUGUUCUGAAUUCUGAGUAUCUUAUCACACUCCUAGUCGUAGUGCCAAAGUCAAGCUAUGUGCAGUGGCAGAAGACCUAUGAGUCCCUCUCUGAUAUGGUGGUGCCUCGCUCCACAAAAAUGAUUGCUGAAGAUGCAGAGGGAGGACUCUUCACGGUGACUCUAUUUAGAAAAGUGAUGGAUGACUUCAAGGCUAAAGCCAGAGAGAACAGGUUCAUGGUUCGAGAAUUUUAUUUUGAUGAGAAAGAACUGAAAUGUGAAAAAGAAGAGCUGAUGAAAUUAGCUUCCGAUAAGAAGCAACAGUACGGCCCAUUACUGCGCUGGCUGAAAGUGAACUUCAGUGAAGCAUUCAUGGCUUGGAUUCAUGUGAAAGCCUUGAGAGUUUUUGCUGAAUCUGUCCUGAGGUAUGGCCUCCCAGUAAAUUUCCACGCAAUGUUGCUGCAGCCAAACAGGAAGUCCAUAAAACGCCUGAGAGAUGUCCUAAAUGUGGUCUUCAAACACCUGGACGAAGUUGCAGCAGCAAGUAUCAUGGAUCCUGGCAUGGACAUCCCUGGUUUACAAAUGAGUAACCAAGAAUACUACCCUUACGUCUAUUUCAAGAUUGACCUCAGUCUUCUUGAUUGCAGCUAAAAAGAGAGAAUUGCUCAAGCUUAAUCUAUUCAUUUUCAAGACCCUAAUGUUACAGUAAAAUGCAACUUCUGCUACUGAAAAGUCAAAUUAAAAUGCAGAUAUCUGAGUAGCAGGAUAAUUGUGUAAAGAUUUUCCUAACACUUUCAAUAAUUUAAAAUGACUUCAGUACAAGUGUUUCUGGUUCAUGGUUUUCAGAAAACAUAUUUCAGAGGCAAGAGGUACUAUGGUAGUAUUUAUUCUUUUUUUUGUAAGUUACAAAGAUGGAAUCUGUAGUGGACUUGAAAUAAAAUGAAUUUUAAAGAGA